GGCACACUGUGACGAUUCAUCUCACAGCUUAUAACGAUUUGGAACGCUCUCGAAAUUUACACGUAUUUCUUCUACAAUGGCUGAAGGCGUUUUGGAGAUGGUAUUUGUCUGCUACAAUCACUUAAAGAAGAUAUUGGAAACAAACGAUGAACUCAAGAAAACUGCCACAGGUAUUUCUUCUACAAUGGCUGAAGGCGUUUUGGAGAUGGCAUUUGUCUGCUACAAUCACUUAAAGAAGAUAUUGGAAACAAACGAUGAACUCAAGAAAACUGCCACAGGUAUUUCUUCUACAAUGGCUGAAGGCGUUUUGGAGAUGGCAUUUGUCUACUACAAUCACUUAAAGAAGAUAUUGGAAACAAACGAUGAACUCAAGAAAACUGCCACAGGUAUAUUCAAUCAGGUGGUGUUAGGAGCUGUGGGUACCGUUGCUGGGGGUGCGGCCAAAGGACCGGUCGGUGCCAUAGUUGGAGGACUUGCAGGGUCUGUGAUGGGCUACUGUAUGAGUGAUGAGUACCAACCAAUGACCAGGGCACUGGCAGGGCUCACAGAUGAGAAAAAAUGGCAGCUGGUCAGCCAAGUCAAACGUUUGGUAGGAUCGGCACUGCUUGAGGCUCUCACUUGCUUCAUCGGGACACAGGACAAGAGGGAAGUUCUACUCAACCUACUGAACAAGUUUACUACAGAUCUACAUAGCCAUUUGUAGAAAACAUUCAUGGACUCUUGCUUCCAUGGAUGAUGUCGAGAUAUAAGACAGCUAAUGUUCUGAGCAGAGAUCUGAAUAUUUAUGCUUUUUAACAAGGGCAAGAGUUAUUUCCCCUUGCAAAGUUCAGCCAUGUUAGGCUUAAGAAAAUAAGAGAAUUGGUUCUUGGGCAAUGUUUUUUGAAAAUAUAGUGCGGGUGGGCUGUGUCUUUUUUUGGUUGUAUAAACUUGUAUGUAACCAAAAAAACAAUUCUUUUCAAUCAACCUGAGAAAGGGCCUCCCUACAUAAAAAUACUGGAAUACAGUAUUUGACUACAGUUGGACUUUUGGGAUUUCUUUGGGGUUUUUAAAAAUGGAAAUAAAAACAAAACAUGCGGCAAACUUUAUGAUGAUGCGGGCGGUGCCCGAGAACCAAGACUGUUAUUAUAUUAUGUAUCAUAUAUACAGAGCUCCAGAUAAGCUGCGUAUCUGCGUAAAGAUAUACGCAUCAGAAAUGCAGAAAUACGCAGUAAAAUAAAAUCCAAGCGUAUCAAAUACGCAACGAACAUUACAGAUACGCUACAAAAAUAAAACUUGUGCAUAUCAUCAAAAUAUUGUGAAGUAACCCUGCGUAUUCGAUUAGUAAAUCAGCAACUUAUUUUGAAUUAUAAACAGGCUUUCCGUCAACUUUGCCAAACUCCACGAUGACAGUUACAUCAUGAUCAUUUGCCAUCACACUUUCUUGUGGAAUUAUCGUGGUAUUUUUGAGACCUAUAAAGCUCUAGAACCCACACGACACCAGUUU